GUCAUCAUAUCAUUUAUCCUUUCCUGAAAAGUACACGUGUGAUACAUUUGCUGCUCGUCUCAACUCCGACUUUUAAUAUCUAUCUCGCAAAAAUGGGUUUCGGUGAUCUUAAAAGCAGCAGUGGGCUUGGUGCCCUUAAUGAUUUCUUAUCAGAUCGCAGUUACAUUGAAGGGUACACUGUUUCCCAAGCUGAUGUUGUCAUUUUCAAAGCAUUAACUGGGGCCCCAGCAGCAGACCUCUUCAAUGCACUAAGAUGGUACAAUCAAGUCAAGUCGUAUUCUUCCACAUUUACCAGCCUACCUGGGGUAGCCAAAGCUGUCAGUGAGUACGGUCCUGCGGUCACUCCAACUGCAUCCAAGAAACCCGCUGAUGACGACGAAGAUGAUGACGACAGUGAUUUUGACGUCUUUGGGUCAGAUGAUGAUGAAGAGGAGGAAGCUAAACCACCUCCAAAAAAAUUAGAGGCAAAGAAUGCAAAGAAACCGGUGAUUGGUAAAUCUAGCGUUCUCUUUGAUGUGAAACCCGAAGACAGUGAAACAGACCUUGGCGAUAUGGAGAAGCUAGUUCGUGCCAUUGAGCAGGAUGGUCUACUAUGGGGUGCAGCCAAACGUAUCCCAGUGUGCUUUGGAAUUGAGAAACUUCAAAUUCUGUGUACAGUUGUAGAUGACAAGGUCAGCGUCGAUGAUCUCCAGGAGAAAAUCGAGGAGUUUGAAAUUGUCCAGUCUGUCGACAUUGCAGCAUUCAACAAGAUCUAGGUUCCACGUGUAUCUCCAUCUCCUGCAAGCUCCAUCUCGGCAAAUGCACGUUGGCCAACCUGCAGCAUGAAUUGAAACUGUCAGAAGACUAAACUCCACAGUGAUGCAUUCCUCACCAAGUUUAUUAUUCAAUUCAUUUAUUUUCAAUUCCAAUUAAAAGAAAUUUACAGAGAAAUACAUGCAGGCAUUAUUACAGAUUGUCAAUACACAGGAAAUCCCUAAUGAAGAUAUACACAUGCAAACAGUACAUAAAGCUACCCAGAAUUUUUAAAAAUAAAAUGGAAUUGAGGAAUACUGCAAAAAAAAUCAACAUUGAGUUGUUGUCGAGGAAGCAAUGCUAUGAGAGGGAGUCAAAGAAUUGAGUAAUUACUAGAAAGGGACAUGAGAAGAAAUUGAAAUACAUGUAUAUAUGAAUACAUUACAUAUACAAAGCAAGGAUCUUGGCCCAAGUAAUGACCAAUUUGAAUUGGGGGUUUGUGGCCUGAUUUCAUCGUGGGGAAUUUCAAUCUGGACAUAAAUCACUCAUGGUAGAACAAGAUUUAUGACUACAUGUACAUGUAGCAGACCUUAUGUAAUACCACCGACUCACUAUCAUAACAAGUGCAAAUUUUUUAUAACAAGUCUACUAUCUGCAAAUCAAAUGGAAUGAUUUCAUUAGCACUUUUACUGUUGCAAACUUGUUUUCACUAAAAAGUUUUAUGAAAUUGGUCCCAGUUGUCUUUCAUGCCAUUUCUCUAUCCUUCAAAAUCUAUCAAAUUUUUAUUUGAAAGUUUGAUUGAUAGAUAAGUGAUUGAUUUUUCAAGUCUAAAGAGUUUCAUGUUCAACUAAACAGGAUCUUUGAUGACCUUCUGUUGCAGCAUUAGCAGUCUGUCUAGCAUUGAGUGUUAUUUUCUAGUGAUUUUAAAUCCCCAGAAAAUGAUUAAUCAUGCAGAGACUUGAUCCAUUCCAGUCUAGUAAUCUAGUACAAAUGAGAAUUGAAUAUUUUGUCAAUUAUAGAUUUAUAAUUCAAAUUUCGUUGUGAUUUGAUCAUGUGGUAAGUCACAUCAUAACAAUCUACAGAGGGUAUUUUCAGGAUUUCAUUCAAUGAAGAUUUAUAGGACUAAAUAAAGCAUUUGCCGAGAU